AUGGCCGGGAAGGAUUUGAUGAGUUUCCGAGGCGAAAGACAUAUUCUCGUGAACGAGGUGGCAGUGCUGAGGCUACCUCCACUUCGCGACAAUCCCCUGAGAUCGGCGGUUUCGGACGCCGAUCAGCUCGUUCCAGCUGCUCCGCCAUUGGUCGAACCAGCGGCCCAGCUCCACGCCAAGCCCGAAAAGGACGGCCUUCCCGACGAAGUCCUGUUAGCCAUCCUAGGAAACUUCAAGGGCGAUAAACGGACUUUGAAUACCCUGUCGAGAGCCUCGAAGAGGCUAAACGACGUCGCACAAGAGGUCAUAUAUGGAAGCAUCACUCUGGACGGCCGUACCAGUGCUCUUAUUGCGGCCCUGGGCCGCACGUUGUUGGACCGAUCCCAUCUAGCUUCCAGAACCAGGCAUCUCGCUCUGAGCCUGGCAGUCCAGAGAUACGUAUCCUUCGGAAUUGGAUAUGUGGCAGCAAAAGAGGGGAGUUCGGAACUUUCUAUCGCUGCCACCAAGGAGAAGGCUGUCUCCCACUUACUGAGGACAUAUGGCAUUACCAACAGCUCUCACAACCCGCACUGUCGCACUUACCGUGCCGUAACCCGGUGGCGACACGCAAUUGAGCAGCAAAGGCGUGCAGCAUAUGCUGGUCUUUUACUCACAAUCUUCCCGAAUCUGGUGGACCUUGAGCUUCUAAUUUACCGGACCGAAGAGGACGACGAAGAGUACCACUGUCUUCAUGCGCUUCUAGCGACUUCGCGUGCGGCCAAAGAUCUAGUUCAUCUGGACACAGGCUUCAAAGGCCUAAGGACCGUGAAGAGAUUGAAGACUCUGCUCGGAAACCUAGACAUCCUCAACCUUCCUUUUGACUCGCUCGAAAGACUAGAGCUCGAAGUGGGCCCGAUUCGCCAGUAUGAUGGAGCCCCGGAGAAUUUUCUCAUCAACAUCAGGUCCUCCCUAGGACAACGGUAUUCUGGUCUCAAGGAUUUAGUCUUGUACGGCUACUGUUCUUUACAUCCUUGGAGAGACAUAGAUCCCAUAGUACGCGCCAUCGGUUCCUACAAUAUCAUCAAUUUCGAGUACUACCUGAAGCAUAACGUACCCGCGGGACCCACUGGAUCGCUGAGAGGCUUUAGGCACCUCUUGGCGGCCAUUCGCCCGUUGGAGAGCAGGUUGGAACAUCUCAAACUCGACGUCCAUUAUGCGGAAUCAAGCUUCAACCUGAAAUGGCUUGAGGGCAUCCAGGGGGCUACUACCUUCACAAACUUUACGCAUCUGCGCUCUCUAAAGGUGUUGCAAGCUGUUAUCGUAUACCCUGCUUAUGGAGGUUACCACCCGAAGAUGAUGCCUGCGCUCUGUUUUCCCAGGUCGCUUGAAUCAUUCACCAUCAUCUGUCCUAAUCCGACGACUGUCAACUGGCUUCGGAAUCUCGGUGAUGCGAAGGAAGUGCUACCACGACUGCAAGAGAUUGUCUUAUCCUGUCGGACGAUAUGUGGUGAGCAGGCGCCCCAGCUCAGCGGGUGGCAAUUGGCGUCGCACAAGCUGCGGGCUAGGGGGGUACAGUGGCAAUUAUGCAGGACGGAAAGGAGUUCAGAAACUCCUCGAAGAGGGAAGUGGUCAAUAUUUGGAAUGAUGGAUGCGUAG